UUGUGUGCGAGAACAUCUCAUCAGUCAGUGGUGGAUUUGUCUAGAGUACAUUUGGAUGCAAAACAAAUCAAUAAGAUAAAAUCCAAAGGACAUAGAGAGACUGACACGUAACAGGAGCAACGAUGCGAUUGGUCAGCGUGGCGGGGGCGCGGCUCCGCAGGGCGGCUGAGGAGGAGGAGAGGGAGAGGGAGCGUCCACUAUCCUCCCCGCACGAGUCACAUCGCUCCAACCACCAGUUCGCCAGUAUGAAGAACAAGUUCUUCAAUGAGCUCACACACCUGCCAAAUCAUAAGCUCAAGUUGCCCAUGUGGGCUGUGGGGGCCAUUGUGGUUGUGGUCCUUGCCCUUAUCGCCUGUAUGGGCUUCUGCAUCUACAAGAAGUGCUGCAAAAAAGAAAAGAAGCCCAAGAAGGUCCGUGAGAGGAAGGGAGGAAGAGGGCGCAGGAAGAAGGACAAGGAGGGAGAGGAUGGAGAAGAUAAGGAGGGAGAGCAGGGGAAGGAAGAGGAAGAGAAGGAGAACUUUGGCAAACUGGAGUACACACUGGACUAUAACUUUACUGAUAACCAGCUGAUAGUUGGCAUCCUCCAGGCUCAAGACCUUCCAGCAAUGGACUUAGGCGGGACCUCAGAUCCCUAUGUCAAAGUCUACAUGCUGCCCGACAAGAAGAAGAAGUUUGAGACCAAAGUCCAGCGCAAGAACCUUUGUCCUGUCUUCAACGAGACCUUUAUCUUUAAGAUACCAUAUAGUGAGUUGGGUGGUCAGACUCUGGUGCUGCAGGUGUUUGACUUUGACCGUUUUGGUAAACAUGACGUCAUUGGCGAGAUCAAGAUCCCCAUGAACUCUAUAGACCUUGCACAGCCAAUACACGAAUGGAAGGAUCUGGUUGGAGGAGAGAAAGAGGAGCAAGAGAAGCUGGGUGAUAUCUGUAUUUCCCUUCGUUACGUCCCCACGGCCGGUAAGCUAACAGUUAACAUCAUGGAAGCUAAGAACCUGAAGAAGAUGGAUGUCGGAGGACUGUCAGAUCCCUUUGUUAAGGUGGUGCUGCAGCACAACGGCAAGCGGCUGAAGAAGAAGAAGACGUCUGUCAAACAAAACACUCUGAAUCCUUACUUCAAUGAGAGCUUUAGCUUCGAGAUCCCCUUCUCCCAGAUCCAGAAAAUCCAGGUGCUGAUUACUGUGUACGACUACGACAAGCUGGGCAGCAAUGACCCCAUCGGCAAGUGCUGGAUCGGCUACGGUGCCUCAGGCGUUGGGCUGCGCCACUGGUCAGACAUGCUGGCCAAUCCCAGGCGUCCAGUGGCCCAAUGGCACACGCUGCUGCCAGAGGAGGAGGUGGACGCCGCUCUGAAGGCCCCCAUCCGCUAAACACACACCCAUACACCAUCAUCUGCAUAGGAGCUGUAUUUGUUCAUUUAAAACCAAACAACUGCAGGAUUUACGAAAUGACCUUUAACUUGAAUACUGGUGGUAAUUAGGGAUCCAAGAUCUUUUUUUCUUGUUUUUCUCCGCUAAAAGUGUUUUGGCAGCAAAAACUGCUGGAGGAAAACUCACCAAAAUUGGCAUGUGGGUUGAAAAUUCCGCCCACUAAAGAAAUGGCACUCAUAGACCUCGUGGUGGCGCUAUAACAACCAGCUUUACAUUUUUUAAAUGAUCUUGAAAACGGCUUCGCUUAGAGUCAAACGUCUUUCAUUAUUUUAAUCUGUGGAUUCGUCUGCAUCUUUGCUCUUGCUCUUCUGCUCUAAAAAUGUCAAAUAAUACGACUUUUUAUCACUUUUCUCUAAAACCUGUUUUUGCAAACUCGUCCCAGAUGGUUUCACCAAUCAACCUGAAACUUUGGCAGCAUCAUCUACAGAUGUCGCUGAUCAAAAGUUAUCAAAAGAAUUUUGAUACGUCAAUCUGUUUUUUUUUUUCAUAGAUUUUUACUUUUGUGUAUUUAAGUACACUUUUACACUACUCAGUUCAUGCAUAAAAUUUGGUAAUGAUUCCUCAAAGUUGGCAUGUCUUAUUACAACAAAUGUAAAUUUCUAGACAUUUCUCAUUCCAAACAUCCAAAAAUCUACAAAAAUACCCCGGAUGUCCUAGAGAGAUGAAAUCUUUUCAGCACAUCCACUGUUUUGUGACUAACGUUUGCCUCACUGCAGCCUAUGGUCAACUCAAAGGUCAGUCACUCUAUGUUUUUCAGAAUAUGCUAAUUCACAAGUCUUUCUUCAACACUACCAGAAUCAACACAUACAUUCUCUAGAUGGCUGAUAUCAAGUGUCUCAAAGGGUUUUUUAGAUUGGUCACACGGCGAGUCUGCAGUGAUUUUCAAAAUCUUGCUGUAACUUGUACAGUAUGCACAUUUUGCACAGUUUUGGAUCAAAUGCCACCAAAAUAAUUGACAACACACCCAAAACCAGCAGAAUGAUGUGAGACUUUUUUCAGAAUUUUCUCAGCAACAUUUUGACAGUUGUAAGUGUUUUAAGUUUAAACUGGCAAAACUAUCCAGGUCUGGCACAUGUGAUGUCACUACUUCAAUUUGUGAGAAGGUGUGGGGCAACAGCCCGUCACCAGUAGCUCAGUCAGUCAGUCACUUGCUUUGCAGAUUGGAAGUUCCAAGGUUCAAAGCCCCAGGUGACUGAGACAAACUUACUAACAACAGGGGUGUUCAAAUCCUACUUAGUCUAAAUUCUCUCCUUUAUUUGGAUUCUGUGACAUCGCAACUUAUUUUUCUCUGAUUAAAAGUGUUUGUGCAACUUGGAAACACAAAUGUCGCAGGUGGGUUGAACAUUUCACCCAGUAGUCAGGCACAUAUAAUGACGCUCUGUGAUCUUAAGGUGAUGCUGUAAAAAUAAAAUUAGCGUCAAAGUCCGAAUUCUUUCAUCACUUUAAUCUCUUAAGUCGUCUGCAUCUGUUCUUCUCCUCUGAAAAUGUCAAAUGUUGCAUUUUUCACGACUUGCUUGGAUCCCGAUCAUUGCCGCUCACGGCUAUAUUCUUUAAUGUGCUUCAUUUUCACACAUUCAUUUCAGUCAUUCAUUUUAGUAAUAUUUAAUUUGGGGAUACAUGUGUGCUUUAUAUUGUGUUGACUGCAUACCAUAGAAAUGUAUACAAACACAUGAUGUGUACUUCACUCAAAUUUAUACACACCUAUACACAGUGCAGCUAAAUGUUUGUGCACACUGACCUACUAGUUAAAUUACUCACCUAUUAAUAUAUUAAAGGGCUGAUCCAGCAAUAUAAUAUUGACUUUCCAGAAUGUUGGGGGACUCACAAGAGACAGAUCUGAGCAGCAGAAUAUACUGACUUUUAGUCCCUUAAACAAUUGGAAACUACAUCUCCCCCAAGGCAACCUGAUAGUCUUUAAUCAGGGUUGUUUUCUCAGGCUGAGUAAUUCUCUUUACGAUGUAUACAAUUGGUGGACUGCCCCUGUAAUAUUUAUUUCCUUGACCACCUUGGUUUUAGCUGAGCUACACCUUCUGUCUCGAGGUUAAAAAUAACUUUUUUUCCAGUAUAGGUAUACUGCAGUAUGUAGUGAAAUACAUUUUGAUAUUAUGGUAUGAAAAAACAAAGAUAUAUCAAUUAUUUCUCUGUCUGAGUAAUUCUAAACUGCUGUUGCAGAGCUGAAAUCUGUAUCUUCUUCUUUGUUUUAAACCUUUUCCUUGUGUUUUCCUCUUGUUUUCCCUGAUAACUCUCUUGUCUCCUAAACAGUCUAAACUUCCUGUGAAUAUAUAUUUUGUUAAGUUAAAUGUUUUUACUGAUUAUUGCUCUGACUCUUUGUGGCUGUUUCUGUGCUUGUGUUUGAAUCAGUGGAGAUACUGCGGAGUGUCUGGUAAGUGUGGUAUGUCGAUGUUUGUGUGUGUGUGUGUGUGUAUGUGUGAGUGUUGUACUGUAUGUAACAAAAGAAAAUGGAAUGCGGUUUGUGGUUUCACUUUCGAUUAAUGCUUUGUGAUUGUAAAUAAAUAGCUGAAUGACUAAAAAGUUUCCAAACACCGACCAA